UAAUGAAUGAUAGUSUUGUUUUAAAGGAAUCUAAUCAUUUCUGUGUUAAUUAAAUAAGCAAAAAAUACAAUGAAAGAUAAAAGAACUUGUAAAACGUUUUAGUGCAUGGUAAGAGCAAUGAUGCAAAACUUAUUAUUCACAGACAAAGUAUACUGAAUAAUUAUCAUGUUAAUUUAAUCAAAGAAGCCAUCCUGAAACAACAUGAUACUACGUUUACCCAGCUCCUCAAUUUAAGCUUGCAUCUUGACAUGACACUAUUUCAUAACCAUGUAAUAUAUAAUUGCCAAUCUCUUGAGAAACGUAUUUCCCAAACAUGACACAAGAAUGAGAGUAUAUAUAGAAUACGAUGCUCAAAGAUAUAGCCUGCCUAGUGUGCAUUUGAAGGAUGGUUUUCAUCCAGCUUGUGUUGGUAGUCAAGAGGUUGGUUAUCUACCUCCCAUGGAACCAGCCAUUUGGUGUAAGACAAUGAUCUUAGAUUCAAUCUUGAUAAGUUAUGAUGAUAAAUGUAUCAAAUGGUCAACCUUUAGAGAUGACAGUGAUYAUGACCAUGUUUACUGGUCUAGUGAAGAGUGUUCAGGUCAUGACGAGGAAGAAGAGUUAUACGAUAUGGCCAAGUAUAUCAUUGAAAAGUCUUUUGAGGAUUGCAAGAUGCUCCUCUUCAGAAUGCUGCAUUGUUAUGUGUUGCCAAAGAUUUCAUUUGAUAUCAAUGACCUUGAGAAAGUAGAACUUUCCUGGAAGGAGCAAGUCAGUAAUGUCCAGGCACUCGUCAACAAACUAGAAUCCAAAUGCUUUGAUGUGAUGGACUGCCAAGAAAAAUUAGAUUCUAUGCAAGAGCAUUUUCUGCCGGACAUUGAUAAGAUGAUUAGCACUGGUCAGUGUUCAAAACAGUUCUUAGAAGUAAUUCUUUGUGACCUAGUGGACUUUGAAUGUCGAGUUCGAGAAAAGUUAGCAGAAGCCCAGUCCCACUAUGCUGGUCUGGUACCAACUGAUCCAACCACACUCAAAAGAUCUUCAAUGGAACUACUUGUUGCACGGCAGGAGAGAGACUUCCUGGACAAAAAGCUUGUUCUUAUCUUAACUGCCAGAGAAGAGAUUUUAGACAGAAAAGAAMAUUUGCCACAGGUGACUGCAGCACAAGUAAAUGACAUUCUACAAGAUUACAUGGACAAGAGAUGUACAUUACAAACAUUGAAAGAGGAGAAAAACAAGUUAACUCAACAGCAGUACUGUGCUUUGAUGGUGAGAGAGACACUGGAUUCAAUUCUGACAGGACUCAAAGACAAUGGUACCGCCAUAGCAGACAAUGCAGAUGCAAGAGGUGUUCGACCUACUGAUGUUCUCCAGAAUGUUUUGCAGCCAGAAUGGCAAACACUUGGUCAGAGGGUUGCUACAACAGUCUCCAACCCCAAACACCCUAUUGGUUCUUUAUUUGAGAGGUUCUGUUCAGAGGUACRUGAAAUCUGCCAAGAUCCUUACAAGUURAAUGGGAAAACUGAAAUCGUGAAAUUCAGCAAAUCAACRUUUUAUGUUAGUUUGCAACCAACAGAAAUCAUGUCAGACAGUGAUUAUGUAUCUGUAGAGCUGAAAACCAUUGUUGAUCCUUACAAAGAUAAGUUGUUUCAAAUCAAAGAGAAAGUAGCUCUUCACAUGGAGAAGGUGACAAGACUUCUAUCAGAGCACUUUGACAACAAAGAAAGCAGUUUUCAGAAUAAACUAAGACUUGCUUAUGAACAUUGCUUCUAUGAGAAGACAAACAAGAUACUUAGUUGGCUUUAUGACCAAGUUUACUCUCAUCAAAUUGAUGAUAUAAAGAAAGACGUACAGAGGAUCACAGAAAGCUUUGCUGCAAACCURCUGUCUUUGCCAGUURACAUGAUAUUGUGGGAUGUAUUUGAGCAAAGUGAUGUGCUAGUAAAUGGCCAUUCAUCUUACUCUGUUAAUGGACUUUCUUGUUCCCAACAUAACUCAGAUGACAGAUUAGAAACAAAUGGCUGUCUAUCUUCUGACGACGAUGACUUAUCAUGCUACUCUUUACAAAUGGACUUCAGCUACAAUCAAUCCUUAGGUGACAUGAGUAAUGAAGAAAGGAGUAAACCAGUACAGAGAUAUGUCAAUAAAGCCAGGCAUUAUGUUAUUAAUGURAUAAAAGACUGCUGCAGGGCARCCAUGCUGAAGCACAAUAAAAUAGGUUCUCUUGGAAGUCUCAUUGAUGAAUGGGAUAUAAAGGUCAAGCCAAUAACAGAAUCAUUAGAAAAAUCACUUUCUAUUGAUGAUGGAGAUGAGAAGCAACAUGAACAGCAUUUCUACAUGAGACAAGGCAAUGAUACAACGUUUGAAGAGUACUUCCAACCAGCUCUAAAGCACAUCAAAGCUGUAUUCAAAGCUGUCAGUCCAUUGCAAAAACUAAAACAUUUACAUCUAUCAUUGCAARUUAUUUUGUCCAAAGCCACUGAAUUUCAGAUGCAAAAYCAUGACAGGAACAACAUGACAUCUGAAAAGUGUUUGCCAUUGUUAGGAUUGCUGUUACUACAGCUGCAGCCAUGCGAGGUAGCAUCCCUAUGGCUCCAACUAGUUAUGUUAGAGGAUYUCAUGGCUCCUUUCUUGUUUGAAGGRCARUACAGUCAAACAAUAAYACAUUAUCAGAAGAUACUUAGAGUCAUUGAGGAUUUGUGGYUGGAACUGUCMAAUGGGAGAAUUCAGUGUACUGUUAAUGGCAUUGGUUUGUCAAAUGUUACUUAGGUUGCUGUAAUGAYGGCUAUGACUUUACUUAGAUUGACACAUAAUUGUUCAAACUGACCCACACUCUAGUCAUUAAAGAUGUGGUGGAUAUUCUUAUUAAUUGAUGAAUUAUUAGUAAUUACAAUCAUGAGAAUUAGUUAUAUUCAUUUUCCUUUUUACAAUUGUAUAUUUUUAUUCUGCAAUACAGUACUGUGAUUUUUUACAUUUUUGGUGAUCGAGUUACAUGAACUUUUUUUUCUCACUUCUCUCCCUUUUUGUAGAAAAAAUCUGGGAGAGAACAUUUCAAUAUACUAGCUUMUAUUCUCUGAUAAUUAGUUGUGACAUAUUGGCAUUCAAUUCAUAGGAU